UGGCUUUUCCCGCAAGCGUGCAAUAGUCGUGAGGCGAAGCCGACGCACGAUUCUCAAGUCUCGCUUCUUGUUUGCUGCGUGGUCGGCGUGGCUCCCGAAGUUUGAGACCGGAACGACGUUUCAACCGAAGAUUCCUAUCUAGUCAACACCCUCAAGCAUCGUUGCGACGAAACACUGCGUGGCUGCAAUGUCUCGUAACGUCGUUUUCCUGGCGCUGUUCUUGGCCUCUGUGAGCUGCCUCGUCGGGGCCCACAGCAAGUACAGCGAAGCCCUGAACAAAGUUGGGCCGCCACCCACCGCGGACGCCGAGAAAAAGCCGUUUCGCAUGCACAAACUCAACCUAAUUUGGGAGAAGGCGCAGAAGAGGCUAAGCGAUGCCAAACUGAAGGGGCUCUUUGCCGACCUCAAAGUUCAAGACAAAGAAGAGCUGGCUUGGAAGAAAAUGAUGGGCCAGGACAAAGAUGGUCUCAAGGAAGCUGAACUUCGAAGCAAGCUCAAAGCGAUCGUGGACAAGUUCGACCUGUCUGACCAGUUCAAGCACCACCAAGACGAACCGCCGGAGCACCCGAAUGUAGCUCGUAAGGAAGGCUACAUGUUCAGAGACAAGAAGCUCAACAAGCUCUGGAUGAAAGUUCAGAAGGCAGGCCUCAGUGAUCAGGAGUUGCGUACACUCAAAGAAGAAUUCCAACACCAUCAGGACAAGAUCGACGAGUUCUAUGCCACACAGGACAAGGAUGGAAAGGAUUUGGGCAACGACGUGGAGCUGAACAUGCUGGGCGAGGAGGAGCGGCAGAAUGGUCUUCUCUCGGGAGAUUUGGAGAAGCAGAGCCACGAAGCCCUGCUUGAGUCGUACCGCAAGCUCAGCAGCCGCGCCGAGGAUGCCUGGAAGCGCAAGGGUGGCUUCGCUGAGGACAAAGUCCAGCGACUGUGGAAGCUCGCGCAGCAGGGAGACUUCUCGCCCUCAGAACUGGAAUCCCUCAAGGAGGAGCUCCAACACUACGAGCACAGAAUACGAAAGCUGGGCCAUUUCCAGACUGAACUGGAACAGCACGGUGCCGACCCCAAGGCAGCUCCGGACGAGGACCAUGUCAAGACGCUCAAGCAGCGCAUCAAGCAGUACAGUCACAAGGUCAAUAAGGUGCACCAGGACCUGGAAGGACGCAUCCUUCAGCGACACCUGGAACUUUGAAAUCUCUCUAAGGCUAUGCCUGGACCAAAUGGAUUCAUUCAGAGGAGGCGUUUCGUCAAUGUGACUUCCAAAAAGCCAAACCCGGUGCCUUCGAGACAAGCUGCUUGCGCACACUUGUCCACAUAUCCCAGUAUUCGCGAAUGCUACUCAGCUCGAAGUGUUCCCUCAACUUCAGUAGGGGUAGAGCAGCGCCACCUUUUGGCUGGGAUGAAUGCUGCUCUAGAUGAAUGCUCACAGACAAUUCUUAUAUUGAGGAGUUUCUUGAAAAAUGUAUUGAGUGCCUUUGAGUAGGUACUGGGAGAGCUUGGUUACUAAGAACUAAAUAAUCAGAACUAGAAUGAAGUUUUCGUUUCUUCUUGUUCAAGUGAACUACUAUGUGUCAUAAAUAUGAGUGCCAGGUCUAUGACCCUUCCUGCUAAACCAAUAUCUGCUCAAAUUUUGAGCAGAAGUAGCUUUUUGCGCAAAGUUUAGUUUAAUACUACUCUUUCGAGCAUCAAUUACCAGUUUCAUACACAAUAAAUGGGCGAUGCCACUAAAAUAUUUUCUAUUCCACUGCAACGGAAUGGUGGAGGCAUCUGUUACGGCUAUGGGAAAAAACUGCUAACUGUAGCCAUGACAGAUGGCGCCACCAUUCCAUUGCACUGGAAUCAUCAUGUUUUGUGUGGCAUCACCGUAGACAUCCACUAUAGAUUUAUUAUGGACAAAACUGGGGGUAAUGCCCAAAAGUGGUGGCAUUAAAUUUAGAAGAGCAGAGAAUUGGGCCAGUUGCUUAUGAUUCAUGGUUGUGGGCAGCACAAGAGACUAAGAUGAAGAAAGCAAGACGACAAACAUGGCAAUGGCUAUGGUAUUUAACUAAACUUCAUCUGCGAAAUUCGAGCGGAGGCCAGCCAGCGGGUUAGGAGGAACAGCCAUGUACACCUGGCGCUCUUAUUUAUGCAAGAGUCUGUAGAACUACAACUUCACUCUAGUUGUAAUUACUAGUCCUUAGUUUCUGUUAAUGUGCUAACUGGAGUAACUGAUACAGUCACUGCUUUAAUUUUGAACGCGUUCUAGUUCAUCAGAAUGAGUUCGAAAAAUGCUUAAGUACACUAAAUGAUUUAGUCAGGGUACAGUACUACCUGCCACUUUCAAAGCAUAGUGUCGAGUAUAGGAAGUUUGAAGAUACAGGUGAUAAAAUGUGUUUCAAUCAUGCACUGUUUGUGAAUUGGUGGGAGAUACGAAAGGAGCUGGUACCUAUCAAUGCAUGGACUCUUGCAAAGCUUGUCUUCUACAUUGUAGGUCCAAAGCUGUGCAGGUCAACAACUGCAAGGACACAUAUACUUAGUCAAGUUUGUCUGGUGCGUAGCUCGGUGUUUAAAGCUUGCGUCUUGUCAUGCAUUUUUUUUUUUUUACAUGAGAAAACUUUGUGCAAGUCUUCUAUGUGUCAUCGAAUUAAGCAUUUGUGUGGGCAGUUUUUGCCCACAUUGUUGCUGGCAUUUGUUUUGGUGAAUAUUUGUUGUUGAAAUAAAUUAUACA